CACCCUCAUUAACCAAAAAAAAAAAUAAAGAAAUUCAAAAGCGAGAAAAACCCUAUUUUUGCUCUGUCUCUCCUUGCGGCUUUUCAAGAAAAGAAAAAAAUCAUGAAAGGAGCGAAACGAUUUGCAGUUUCAGACUCACUCCCUGAUUCCAAUGACACGGCAUUGCGGAAUAAAAGAAUAAUGGCAGGAUUGCUAUUUGAUGUUCAUAGACCCGAACCAUCUCAGCAACAAUUGACUCCGCCGUUGGAUGUGAAACGGGCUGAGUCAUCACAGCAUCACGUGAGAGCUCUCAAUAAUCAAUUUGCCAGUUGGGUUCAAACGCAACUGAAGAACCAUCCCGAUGAACUUUGGGAAGAUGGGAUUCAAGACUACCUUGCUCAUGCUUCAAACAUCAUGGAGAAGUUUAGUGAUGUUGUCAACUGGCUUAAAGCAAAUUCUGCAAAAGGAGAAUCUGUUGCUGACUCUCUUACAACUGAAAAGAAAUUAGUGCCUGAAAUAAAGAAUAAUGAGAGCAAAUUACUUCAAGAAAAAACUGGUUGUGCUCUACCAAGUACAAGCGCAAGCUUUACAAGUUCCUGGAGCUCUGGUGUGUUUUCUGCCAACCAAAGUUCUGGAGGAGUAUCAUCUAGGAGCCAAUGCUCUAGUUUAUUCUCCAACGGUGAAAGCUCUGCUACAUUCUCGAACAAUCUAGGUUCUGGUUUGUUCUCAAACAACCAAAGCUCUGGAUUCUUCUCAAACAGUCAAACUUUUGGACUCUACUCCAACAAUCAAAGCUCUGGAGCAUUAUCCAGUGGCCAAAGUUGUGGAGCGCUCUCCAACAGUCAAACACCUUUCUCCAUUAAUCAAAGCACUGGAGCAGUCUCCAACAGCCAAAGUUUAGGAGCACUCUCCAACAGUCAAACACCUUUCUCCAUUAAUCAAAGCACUGGAGCAUUCUCUAACAGUCAAACACCUUUCUCCUUUAAUCAAAGCUCUGCAGCAUUCUCUGAAAGCCAAAGUUUAGGAGUGCUCUCCAACAGUCAAACACCUUUCUCAUUUGGAGGUCAAAGCUCCAUCCCCACAACCCAUAACACUGCAGAUGAUGAAAAUGAAUUACAGCAACCUGGCAGUCCAUCUGUGAAGAAGUCUGUAGAGAAGGGUAUUGUGACAGUCCAUGAAGUCAAGUGCAAGCUCUAUGUGAAGUCAAGUGAUCCAGCAGUUACAGACACGUGGAAAGAUAAAGGCACAGGGCAGCUUUCCAUCAAAUGCAUAGAGGGGAUAAGCAAGGGCGCAAGAGAAUCUAAACCAACAAUUGUUGUUCGAAAUGAUGUGGGAAAAGUGUUACUAAAUGCUUUGCUCUAUCCAGGAAUCAAGACAAAUCCACAGAAGAAUUCCCUUGUUGCAAUAUUUCAUACUGCGGGUGAUGACAGUGGCAAUAAUGAUAUUGUUGUGGCACGCACUUUUUUACUAAGGAUGAAAACAGAGGAGGAUCGGAAUAAGUUAGCAACAGCAAUCCAAGAAUAUGCUCCCACAUCAUGAAAGUAACAAUAGGAACAUGAUUCUUAAAAAUUUUGCAGCAAUUGGCUUGUUAGGAACCGAGUGAGCUUGUUUGGGGCAAAAAAAAUAAAUAACUGGGGUCAAUUUUUGGAACACGGAGCCCCAUGAAAUCAAAUGUGUUUCAACCACUUGUAUUAUAUUAUUAGGAGGAAAACGUAUGCUCAGUUUUAUUUUAAUCGUAAA